GCUAGCUACACAAAUGGAGUAUAUGUCAAUAUCGAUGUGUUCCAACGUUUUUAGUACACGCAAGCUCUUCUUAUAAUCCUGCUCCCUGGCUUGCUUUUUCUUUCUCUUGUAGUUCAAUGAUCACAUGAUGAUGAGCGGAGGAUCUGCGGACGUCUUUGCCACAUGCUCCCCGUUCGGACCUACCAUCCAAAGCAUCGGCAGUGACAUGAUCCAGAGAUCCUCAUACAAUUCCUAUGAUUUCGAAGCCACACAUGCCGGCGAUGGAUCGACUAGCCAGUGGGCAUCUGCCAAACCGCCAGUGAAGAUGAGGAUCAUGAAAAAGGCGCCAACGAAUGAUCACCAAGGAGGGACAGCGAGAAAGCCAAGGAGAAGGGCACAAGCACACCAAGGUGAUGAGAGCCAGCACCUGCAGCAUCCCAUGGGUGUUAUCAGAGUGUGCUCAGACUGCAACACCUCCAAUACCCCCUUGUGGAGGAGUGGUCCUUGUGGCCCCAAGUCUCUUUGCAACGCAUGCGGCAUACGCCAAAGGAAGGCUCGCCGCGCCAUGGCUGCAGCGGCGGCCACUGCUGCCACCAACGAUGGGGUGGCGUCUGCUUCCAGUGGCGGUGUGGCGGUGGGGGCCAUGCAGGCAAGCGACGCAUCACAAGCGGUGAAGGCAACAAAGAAGGAGAAGAGGGCUGCGGAUCUUGACCGGUCGCUGCCGUUCAAGAAGAGGUGCAAGAUGGUUGAUCAUCCUACCGUUACCACCACCAAGGCCGUGGCUGUCGAUGCCACUCUGAAGGAUCAAGAUCACGUUGUCGCCGAGGACGGCGCCAUGGUGGAGAGACUGAGCAAAGCCGAUCCGCCAGCAGCAUUCACUCACGCCUUCAUGCGCGACGAGAUCACCGAUGCCGCCAUGCUGCUCAUGACCCUAUCGUGCGGUCUUGUUCGCAGCUAGUACUAGCUAGCUAGCUAGCUAGUAGACACUAGACACUGAUGAAUGCAACUUGAUUUGCAUAUCAUGAGUUAUUAGUCUUGUUAUAUUUUCUGUAUCUUGCGAUCUUGUUGUUUUGUGUUGAGGAGUUC